UUGGUUCAGCUCGGGACAGCGGCUCACCGUCACGUCACUUUCACGCUGACAUCAAACUUUUUGAUGAAAAGUGUUGUUUGUCGCGAAAGAAAUACACAUUUAAUGUUUGAAAAUGUCCGAAGACUCGUGGGCGCUGGCUGUCGAUGUUCAAGAGGCUACAACUCCAUCACUACAGUUUGACUUCUCCAAGAAAGUGGAUCGAGUGCGUGGUCCGCGUAACAUGAGAGGAGACAUAAACGGCAAUAUUGUGCCGGAGAAGAGUGAAAAUGGAGGCUGGCGAAGAGACGCGGACAAAGUGGACCUGGCCGAACAGUCCCUGUUGAAUAAGCUGAUCCGCCGCUCUCUGGUGCGGAACCGGAACCAGGUGGAGGUCCUGCAGAGGGACCCCACCUCUCCUCUCUACUCCGUGAAGACCUUCGAGGAGCUGAGACUCAAACCUGAGCUGUUGAAGGGUGUGUACAACAUGGGUUUCAACAGACCAUCCAGAAUCCAGGAGAAUGCUUUGCCCAUGAUGCUGGCGCAACCACCUCAGAAUCUGAUCGCCCAGUCACAGUCUGGCACGGGCAAAACUGCUGCUUUUUCUCUGGCCAUGCUCAGCCAUGUAAACCCAGCCAAUAAGUGGACUCAGUGCCUUUGCAUCUCACCAACAUAUGAGCUCGCUCUGCAGAUUGGUCAAGUGAUCGAGCAAAUGGGGAAAUUUUGUCCAGAUGUGAAGCUGGCGUACGCCAUACGAGGCAACAGAAUGGAGCGAGGCAUCAAGUUGCAGGACCAGAUUGUCAUUGGGACACCAGGCACAGUCCUCGACUGGUGCACCAAGUACAAGCUCAUCGACCCCAAGAAGAUCACUAUGUUUGUGUUGGACGAGGCUGAUGUGAUGAUCGCCACGCAGGGUCAUCGGGACCAGAGCAUUCGUAUCCACAGACAGCUGACGAAGGACUGUCAGAUGCUCCUUUUCUCUGCAACCUUCGAGGACUCUGUGUGGAGGUUUGCAGAGCAGGUGGUUCCCGACCCGAACAUCAUCAGGCUGAAGCGCGAAGAGGAGACACUGGACACCAUCAAGCAGUUCUAUGUUCUCUGCAAGGAGAAGGAAGACAAGUUCACAGCACUCUGCAAUCUGUACGGAAGCCUUACCAUCGCACAGGCCAUGAUCUUCUGCCAUACUCGUAAAAUGGCUGCUUGGCUGACUGCACACCUGACCAAAGAGGGCCACCAGGUGGCGUUGCUGAGUGGAGAAAUGACCGUGGAGCAGAGAGCCGCUGUCAUCGAACGCUUCAGGAAUGGCAAAGAGAAGGUGCUUGUGACCACAAAUGUGUGCUCCAGAGGUAUUGAUGUUGAGCAGGUGUCACUUGUGGUCAACUUUGACCUCCCAGUGGACAUGGACGGGAAUGCCGACAAUGAGACAUACCUGCACCGUAUUGGCCGCACAGGACGCUUCGGCAGAAGAGGAUUUGCUGUCAAUAUGGUCGACAGCAAACACAGCAUGGAUAUUAUCAACCAAAUUGAGAUGCAUUUCAACAGAAGAAUCACAAAACUUGACACGAGCAAUCUUGAAGAAAUGGAAAGCCUGAUGAGCUGAAUGGUUUGCUCCGUGCACUACCCAACACUGAGGCAGUUAGACGUGUUACCUCAAAUGUGACUUGAGUUCUUUCAAGGGUUUAUUGUUUGCAUUUUAUUGUUUACAGGAGAGAGAGAUGCAUGCUAAUGUUGAUUAUGCAAAACUAGUGUGCCAAAGUUUUCACUUGGAUUUCUUUUGAUAUGUCCGACUUUGAUCACAAGUCACCUUAAGCCUUUAAGCUGCGUCUCCCAGAGACUUUAAACUAACCACUAGCUGUUAAAACAGUGUUUAAGAAUGGUGGAGAUAAUACUAUCGUUGAUGGUUUGCUGUGCUGUGUUUUUUGAUUUGAAGUGUAUUAUUAAUGUAGAUUGGGAUAUAAGAAUGUGUCUCAUCUAUAGAUUUUUGCAUGGUUUGAUCAAGGCUGAGUUCAGAUAAAAUAUCCUUGGGUGACUUGAAGCAUUUUAAGGUUUAAAAUGCCUGUUUCAGUCUAGUGGUAGAGUGGUUGUUACUUCAACUUAAUUUGGUUGUAAUAUCAGUUUUGUGUGGAUGAAAAUAAAUAAAUAUACUGUCACAUGUUAAA